AUGAGCAGGCGCUAUAAUAGAGGGGGCCCUCCGGAGGCCUCAGGGGGACGUUGGGAGGAUGAGAGACCCCGUGCACGUGAUGGGGCACCCAGGGAUGGAGCGAGACGCACAGUCCUGGUGAUGGGACCGGCGGCUCGCAGGGGGGCCGCUCUGGGUUCGCCGGGCUCCCUAGAGACCUCCUCUGGAUUUCCAGAAAGGCCUCAUGGGAAUUCUCCCUUGUUAAGCGCCAGACAAGGGCCUCCUCCUAGUGAACAGGCGUCUCAGGGGGCCACUGGGAGCCAAGGGGGCACGAGAAAGCUUCCUUUCAUGGCACUUAGCGACAUCAUACGGCAGCAACACAUCAAAGGAAAACUGCAUGGGCAGCAGCAGCACCAGCUGCAGCAGCAAGAACGUUCUCCUUCACCAACGAGACCGCAGCAGCAGCAGCAGCAGCGGCAGGACCUACCGCCGCCGCCGCAGCAGCAGCAGCACGGUUCCGCGCGCAAUGCGUUAUUUGGCUCUGAAAGGGUUCCACCUCAUGGGAGGGCUCCUACCUCAGGGCCUCAGGGGCCUCCAAUGGGUGAGCAUCGCCGGGUUCGGGACUUGAGUGGGGGUGCUGCUGCCGCUUCAGACAGCGGCGGCGGCCGCCCGCGGGGCCCGCGUGGCUCAGGCGAGGGGCCUACACACGACACGCCUCGGACGCUGCAUUUGCGGGAGAGGCCAUCUUGCUCUCCAGGGGCCUUCAGGGGGCCCUCUUUGGACCGUGGCAGCGACAGAGAAGCGCGGCGGCACGGAGGGGGAGGUACACGACCUGCGGAGUUGAGGGGUCAAAGGGGGAGCUCCAGGGACACCGGGGAACCAUUAAACGCCGCAGACUCCCCCCACCUGGGGCACCAGAGGAGUACCUACGCGGAGUGGCGAGAAGAGGACCGAAGUGGUCAACGGGGCCGGGGUCGGGUUUCUCCUGAGGCAGAAGCGGGCGUCUCCGAGGGAGGCCCCACGGGAUGGGAGAGGUGGCCCUCGCGGAAGAGGGGUGUUUCCCCUGCUGAAGACAAGAAAGGAACGCAUGCAAAGCAACACUACAGCAAUAGAUCGCCUCCACCAGGCCGCCAUCGCAGGGGUGCCUGGGGACCCCGGACUUCGGAGGAGCGGGGCCCCUCACCAGGUUUCUCUGCAAGAGGCCGCACAGGCAACGAUGGAUCCUCGCGGCAUUCCGGGGGAGCCCAUGGGGGCCCACCAGAGAGCCGCAGCCGGUACAGACACCGCAGCGGCAGCCAGGGUUCUCCGGCAGAGUGGGACUCCGCAAAAGGUAGGAAUGCGCCGCCUAAAGAGGCCCAUUACAGCCCGCAGAGACCUACACGGAGAGAGUGGGAACCCAGAGGCGCAGGCAGGGCUUCAUUCGAGAGAAGGCCCCGCAGCAGCCGUGGCAGCGAGCUGUCUACAUCUCCGGUGUACGAGGAGACUCGCGGCAGGGGGCACCAGGGGGGAAGGGGGGACCAUUUGGGGGCCCAAAGAGAUCCUCUAGGGGCCCCGAAAGGUCCUUCUGGGGUGGUGCGGGAGUCCCAUAGGCGUGCUGCGGCACAUUCCUCCAGCCCCCCAAGGGAGUGGAGGGGUCGGGGAGCGGAGUCAGGGACGUAUCCCUCGCACAGCCGCAGCAGAAGCUGCAGCAACAGCCGGCAGGUGCGGAUGCAUCACAGGAAGCAGCACUUGGACAGCCGCGUCAGCAGAAGCAGCAGCCGGCGAAGCAGCAGCCGCAGGCGUGAGGAGGGACGGCCGCCGAGAAACCGGCUGCAGGAGCGGGAGAGAGCGUCCCGCUUCCGCAGCGGCAGCAGAAGCAGCAGCAGACGCAGCGGCAGCAGAACACGCAAACCCAGGCACAGUGGCAGCCCCAAAUACUGGGGGCGCCAGCGGCGUUCCUUUGAGUCGCGCCAUUCGGACUCGGAGGGGGCCCGUUGGAGACGGUCGCCGGGACCCCGCAGGGGGAGCAUUUCCCCCACCGAGGGGGAGGCCCCUCUAGAAGAUGAGAGGAGGAGAUGGAGACACCGCAGAGAACAGCUGCAGCGCCGGCUGAGAGGGGCAGUAAACGGAGCAUCUUCCUCGGCACCUACUGCAGCAGCAGGGGCUGGAACACCAGCGGCGGGACCCACACCUGUAGAGGGGCCUCCUCCGGCAGCACUUGGGAACCCAGGGGUCGCUAGUCCUGAUUGGCAGCAGCAGCAGCAACAACAACAACAGCAGCAGCAGCAACAACAACAACAACAUCAACAGCAGCAGCAGCAGCAGAUGCAGAUACAGAUGGGCUACGGGUGGGCCCCAAGCGGCUCGCCUUUCGCUCCCCCUGCUGUUUCUCAGCAUCCUCAUCUGAGGGCCCCCGAGGGAUUCUACAGUGCACAAGGGCCAACUGUGAGGCCGAAGCGGGGGCCAGCGGAGGGGCCUCCAGGUAGCCCAUACCCUCCUCAAGGGUCCCAGCAAACGUAUGCUCCUCAGGGGGGCCCGGCCUACUACCCUCAAGGGCCCCCAUCUGCGGGCUGGCCGCAGCAACCGCCACCGCCGCAACAGCAGCAGUACGGCGCCAACGUGUGGGGUCCACCGUCGAGAGGAGACGGAUUUCUCUCUGCUGCAUGGCCGCAGGCAGCGCCUUACGGGGGUCCCCGGGGCCCGCCAGACGAAUAUGCGCAGCAUCAGCAGCACCCCCACCAUCCUCAGCAGCCCCCUUUGCAUCUGCAGCAGCAACAGCGAGCAAUCGAAUCUCCAGGAGGCGGCGGGGUGCCUCCACCACCUGGGGAAUCACCCGGCGCGGGUGCCCCCCAUUCCUCGUCUAGCCAAGGUUCUCACCCAGCUGAAGUUUCUCCUGGGGGCCCCGCCGCUGUGGGCCCACCGCCUCGUGCUUGCAGGGAGUUCCUCGUGGGCGGCCGGUGUUCUAGAGGCCACUCGUGUUUGGAUCUGCAUAUUCCUCCGCAAGCGUACCAUAAGUUCAAUCCACACACGUUGCUUUUGUUGGGGACUUUUAUGGCGGAGGCCCCCGAGCUGCGGCGUCGCUUUGCUGCGGAUGUGGCGAUCAAGGAGCAGCAGCAGCAGCAGCAGCAGCAGGAGCAGCAGAGGAUCUUCGACCAGCAACAACAGCAAGCUCGGGACAUGCAGAGGCAUCCUAUGCUUGCCGGUGGACCCCCGCAGCCCGGGUUAAGGGGAGCGGUGGUGGGGGCCCCUCCCCCCACCCCUCCUUUGGGCCCUCCUGGUGCCCAUCACGUGUAUGGAACUCCCCAUUUCGUUCCCCCUCACAGGCCUGCAGGGGCUCCUGUUGUCCGCACUUACCCAGGUGCGCAAGGGGAUGGUAGCGGAGACAUGCAGCAGUACCCACCAGUAUUCGGUGCACCGAUGCACGAAGGGGGGGGUGGCCAAUUUAGGGCACCUCCAACUCCGUGUAUGGAUGGUGGGUGUGGAGGACCUGCUGGGCCCCUGCGAGGCAGACGACAUGUGGUUCCGGGGGCCCCUCAUUCAGAGGGUCCUCCUUUCAUCCUACGCACCCCAAGAGCAAUGCCAGGGCCACCUAUGCAGGGUCCGCCUGGAGAGGUUCCAGGGCCCCCGCCUCCUCCAAACCCUGUCAGAGGCAUCUGCGGUGUCUGGUAUGGCCAGGGACCUCCUCCACCCCCUUUCCGGCACCAGGGAGUGGCGGCGCCUGGGGCCCCUGGGGCUGCGCUUGCCGCUGCGGCGCUCAAAAAGAGGAAGGUGUCUGGGAACAAGGCCAAGGCAAAGAAGCAGAGGAAGCAGCAACAGAUGCAGCAGCAACAGCAGCAGCAGGAACUGCAGCAGCAAGACAAAGCAGACAAUGAGGAAGCCGCAGUCCUCGGUGAGGGGGAACCUGCCGGUGCUCCCGGGGAUCAGCAGCAGCAGCUGCAGCAGCAGCCUGAGUUUGGGAGCGCUGAGCAACGGGAGCGGCAACAGCAGCAGGACGAGGAGCAGCAGGAUAAUGAACAGAAGCAUCAGCAUCAGGACCAAGUGCAACAUGAGCAGCAGGAGGAGGAGGGGGACGGCGUUGCUGCUGCAAGCGAUUGGGAGAGAACAGCGGAACAACAAUCCGUCUUGUCUGAGUAUUUUUCGUCGAAGACCUCGGAGUUUCUGUCUUCUGAAGCUUAUCUUGAGGGGUGGACCAAGAGGGACUUGAUUGAGUAUUUCUACGAUCAGUACCUGCAGCAAGACAUGACUGCUGCAGAAGCGCUGGCAUCCGCCACAUCUUACGUUGAAAAUCCAGAGGCGUAUGGCCUGGUUGAGGGAUCGUCCGCAGAAGGCGUGCCAGCAGCAGCCGCAGCAGAAGACGCACACUAUACGGCAUCAGAAGGAGCCGAGGCGACGGACAAUGCAGCUGGAGAAGAAGUACCAGCAACAGGAACAGAAGAAGCGGCGGAGGCAGUUGGGACGGCUCCUGCUUUUUCUGCACAUGGGACGGAUAGAGACGGCGGUGUCCAGUGA